AUGGCGCUGGCUCUAGUUCUUGCCAUCACUCUGGCUCUGGUCCCAGUUCUGUUCUACAUGGUCAUUACAGUGGCUCUGGCCCCGGCUCCAGUUCUGAUCACGUCUCUAGAUUUUGAACCAUUCGUGGUCACCACAGUGGCUCUGGCUCCAGUUCUGUUCAUCACUCUGGGCCCUGGUCACAGUGGUCCUACUGGCACACCUGUAGCUAUUUUCAGCCUCCUCAUGUUCUUGUCUGUCACCACAGCGGUGCUAAACGUCCUGAUUCUAAUAGCAUUCCACAUCGAGAAAAAGUUGCGGACGUACCCGAACCAGUACAUCCUCAACAUGACCAUCUCCGAUCUUCUGGUGGGGUUCAUCAUGGCGAUCCGCAAGGGCAACACGUCUCAGACCAAUUUUAACAUCAGUGUUAUUCAAGGGGAGAAUGCUAGCGUCAUUGUAGUUCUUCAAGAGAACGCUACAAAACCAUCAACCUCAAUCCAGUCGGAUCAUAUCACAGUUGACACAGUUGAAGACGUUCGACAGCUUGGUCGAACCUCCACGUCGGGGCGAGAUAAGCUGUCAAGUCGACGGGGAUUUCUACGCAGCCUAGAGACUGGCCAAGCGACCAGGGGAGUCAUCGACAGAGAUAGAGAUGAGCUGCCAAGUCGAUGGGGAUUUCUACGCAGUCUAGAGACUGGCCAAGCGACCAGGAGCUCGGUGCUAAACGUCCUGAUUCUAAUAGCAUUCCACAUCGAGAAAAAGUUGCGGACGUACACGAACCAGUACAUCCUCAACAUCACCAUCUCCGACCUUCUAGUGGGGUUCGUCAUGGCGAUUCGCAGUACUAGCCUCACGAUCAAAGUCUUGACAACGAUACCGUCAGACGGUACCCGAAUUGAUAUCAACGCCAGUGGUGUUCAAAACGAUGAUACUGUUGUCAACGUUCAUACUCAGGAAGGAAUUAUCGGAUUCCAACAAGAAACAGAUACUAAGGACUCAACAUCAAACGAAGCGAACAGCAUCUGCUCUUGUAGACCUUCAGAAGAUGACCUCAGAAGAGAAGAUCCGGAAACCUUGUCCCAACAGCUAAAGAGUCAAUCGGAUCCAUCCCAAGAAAUAUCAACUCGCAGGCUCGCAGAGCCACCACUAGCCAAGGACAGUCGUAUGAAACCUAGUCACUUAUCAUCAUCCAAUAACAACAAAGUGAUGCGAACUCUGACUUUGAUCACAUUAGCGUUCUUCUUGACUUGGUUGCCAAGUAGCGUAGCCAUUAUCGCCCUCGACUUCAAGAGUAAGAUGCCUGCCGGCGUUACAGAAUUUGUUCGCUGGGCGUCGUACUCCAACAGUCUUAUCAAUCCCAUCACGUAUGCCAUUGCGCAACCACUUGUCCGUCAGACCAUCUGGCGGAUUGUGAGAUGCCGUUAA